AUGAGCUUCAAAGGAAUUAGUGAUGGUCAAGGCCAGCAAUACUGGAUUGUUGCUUGUGCUCUAGCUGAGGAAGGUCUAGAUGCAAUUUAUCAUGAAAUGAAUGUGAAUCUGAAGAAGGUAGGACAAAAUAUUGAAGUAAUGCAGUUUGAUAUUCCAUUCUCACUAAAGUUUGGAGCUUUUGAUGACUUGGUAAGGCUUGCUGAUGAAUUGAUUAAACAUGACACUGGAAUAGAGGUUGUAUUGAGACGUGUUGAAAGAAUGGCAUUGGAUUUAGAUCCUACUAUGGAACUGCGUAUUAUUUGGCAGAGGAGUUCAUAUACUAUUAAACAAUAUUUGUGUCACUUUAGUUGGGAUCACGCAAAAUUUCCAAAAGAACGAUCUAUGCAUGAGAAUUUAAAUGCCUUACUACAAGGAAUACAAAAAUUAGAUACAGACUUAAGAAGCAAAUCUUCACAGUUUAAUGAGAUUAAACAGGCUGUAUUAAAUAAUUUAGGUAAAGAUUUUAAUAGUAAUUCAAAUAUACAGUCAUCUAAUGGUAGUGGCUCUGGAGUGAAAUUAACUAAUGGGCUACUAACAACAAAGGAUUUGAUUGAUGUAAUUACCCCAGACGUUAUUGAUGAAUCUGACAUUUUGUUUACAGAGCAUAUUUCUACAGUUUUUGUAGUAGUUCCAAAAGGGCAACAUGACUCAUUUCUUAAAUAUUAUGAGAGAUCAGACCCUUAUGUUGUUCCUAAAUCUGCUAAAUUUAUCCCAAAGAUUAUAGAUAAGGAGGGAAAUGAACUAGUUCGUGUAUUUUUAUUCCAAUCUUCAAUGGAGUCAUUUAAACAAAAUUGUAAAAGUAGAAAGUUUACCGUGCGUGAUGACUUUCAUUAUUCACAAGAAAAAUAUAGAACGCUUAUGGAGAAUAGAAAGAAACUUGUACAAGAAAAGGGAAAACAGGAAAAGUACUUGAAACGGAUGUGUUUCGCUAGUUUUUCUGAUAUAUUUAUCUCAUGGCUACAUAUAAAAGCAAUGAGAUGUUUUGUUGAAGCUGUAUUACGUUAUGGUGUACCUCCACAAUUUGCAUCUUUUUUGAUUAGAAUGGAUGUGAGCUCAUCGAAAUUUGCAAAAGCCAAAAAUGUUGUAGAAACUACUUUUAAAAAAAAGGGAAAGAUAGGGACUUUAUAUAAAUCAAGCUCUACGGAUAAAGAGAUUGAUGAUGACUAUACACCAUAUGUAUUUCUGCCAUUUUCGCCUGAUCAGCAGGUAUGA